AUGUAUAAGAGACUCGGCAUUGCAAAGAUGGCGGCGCCCAUGGUGAUCACACGGGUAAUACAACUUGGCUCGAAAAACUCACUUUUAAACCUUACUGAAAAGAUUUCAAGAAUAUGCAGCUGCAGUGUCCAGAGACGAACAUAUUACGACUAUGAUUACGAGUCGGACAUCUCUAAAGAAGACGAAGAAGUUAUAUACAAGUGGAGCAAGAUCAAGAACACCCUAGGGCCUAGCCCGCUAAAAGAGGCACCCUGGCCGAGGGGCGAGUGGGUACCCAAGUCUAAGAGAUGUGGCCUGCUAGCCAUCAAGCUGGGUAUGACGCCCAUAUGGACUAAAGAAGGCGAGAGACUUACAGUCACAGCACUACAGGUAGUGGAGAACAACGUCAUUAGUUACACACCUCCCGAGGAGAAUAAAUUCAGUGACACAAAAGGCUACCUCAUUGUUGGUGCCAGGAACGCCAAUCCCCUCAAGAAAUCAUUUUUCUACUCGGAGCAGUUUAAGGAGGCAGCAGUACCAGUGAAAGAUCAUUUAGCAAAGUUUAAUGUGACGCCAAAUGCCAAGUUGCAGCCAGGUACACCACUCUUAGCUGGGCACUUCAGACCGGGGAUGUAUGUCGACUGCCGCGGUAGAACGAUUGACAAAGGUUUCCAGGGCGUCAUGAAACGAUGGGGAAUGAAGGGUCAACCGGCAAGCCACGGAGCCACCAAGACCCAUCGUAAAAUGGGCGCAUCUGGGGGUGGAGGGACUCCGGGAAAAAUUUGGCCUGGUAAAAAAAUGCCUGGACAUAUGGGAGACAAAUGGCAAUGGACCUAUGGACUGAAGAUCUGGCGUGUAAACACCAAGUACAACAUAAUCUACGUCAAUGGCAGUGUAUGCGGCACAAAGUACGGCUACGUUAAGAUCAUAGACACCAUCAUACCCAAACGGAAUGAUUUUAAAGACCCCCCUCCGUUCCCUACGUACUACGAGGAAGAAUCGUUGGACAAAGAUCUGUACAGUGAAGAUAUGUUUGAACACACAGAGCCGAGUAUUCAAUAUGAAGAGGAGGAAGAAAUCCCAAGUCGAUGAGGAGUUUUUUGCUGGAAGAGUGUUAUUUCAUGCCAUUCUUUUGGACAUUUCCUUGAAUGCUAUCUUUACAAUUCAGGCGUGAUAUUUUACCAACUUUAGUCUGUUUUCCAAUUUUUUGUUUGCCCUUGGGAAAAAUCUGAAAAAUUGUGAUUAUUAAAUAACCUUGAGCCUACAGCAUGCGUAACAUGUAGGUAAGUCCUUGUACUCGAUGAAAUGUUACUACUUUUUUUUUCAAAUGACUCAAUAUCAUGCUUGUUCCAUACAGAUUGAACUUUCAACUGCAUUUUCUUUUUAGUACCAUUGAAGCAAUUUCUGCAUGCUAACUAUUCAAUAUCGUGCACUGUGAUUUUGAAUGAUACACUUUUGACAGCCUGCAAUGUAAUAUCAGAAUUGUUUUGUUGAUAUUAUAUACAGGUAGGUUAUACAUCAUCUAGUGUGGUUUUGCAAUAUAGCAGAAUUCUUUUGUUGGUAUUGAUAUGAUAUCAGGCUGUGAAUACGUCUACAUAGUACACAGUCAACCCUCCUACUGUCUGACCAUUCAAUAUUGGUUACUGUAGUUUUGAACAAUAGAUAAAACUAUACCAGCCUUCAAUAUAAUGACUUAUGGUAAAUGCAUCUACACAGUAUACGAUCAAUCCUCCUACUGUCUGACCAUUUAAUAUCAUCCACUGUUGUCUCGAAUGAUGGAUACAUUUGCCAGUCUGCAAUCUGAUACCAGGUAGCUAAUGCAUCUACCAUGUCUACACAGUACACAGUCAACCCUCCUACUGUCUGACCAUUCAAUAUCCUGCACUGUGGUUGUGAAUGAUACAAUGUACUUGGAAUAUAAUAUCAUGUGGUGAAUGUCAUAAUGCUCAUUUGGAGAAACAAAACAGACACAAACAUUGAGUACCAUUCAAGAUUUUUAUUGCAAAAUAAUCAUUUGACAAUGCAGUUACUUACUACACAGUUUCCACAACAAAGUGAUAUAAUACAGAAAGAACAUUUUACAAGAUCUGUUUGUAAAUAAUAAAACAAAAUUAAUUGAA